AUGAUGGUAUUAUCAGCAGCCGGUCACUAUGUAAACGCAUCUUAUCCUAGACCUUGGAAGGUUCUGUACUAUCCCAAAAGGACCAUGUUCAGGAAAGCAGACCUCAUUGAUAAAGGGUGCAUCGUGUUUCUCAACGAUUGCCCCAAAGUUUACAAACAGCUUAUAAUUUGCGCUCGUCAUUACGACGGUGUUUAUAAAACCUUCAACAACUAUUGUGAAAUGGAGUACGAGAAUUGCAACGGAUGGAGAAGUAAGUGUUUUACUUUAGAAAAUCUUGAAAUGUUGGCAACUGUUGACAAUUUAACCAUGGAAUACCGGACAGGACAGGAGUGA